AUGCUGCUUCCACUCCCGGGCUUCAUGUUGUUGUGUCUGUGCAGCGAGGCCGUCUCCGCUCAGCUCCACUGGCACCAAACAAAGACGACUUUCAGCCCUCAUUAUGAAUCCACCGCCGCGGACAGGAAUGCGCAGAGCCGGAGAUGGCGCACAGUCAGCGGGGAGGACAAUGGGGGGGUGCACUACGGGGCGCGUAGGCAGGCCUCGUGGAUGGAUACUGUAAAGCCAUCGCAGUCUGAGCAGCUGGGGACGCAGAUUCCCCGGCGCGCUGUGCGUAAAAGUGGCACCAAUGGAAACAAAGUGGGUGAGUCAGGGGACAGAGGACACACACCGGGAGAAGAGUAUACACACAAGAGAGGAAACACACCGGGAGAAGAGUAUACCCAAACCCCGCGUGGACAUGUCUCCAUCCCCGCGAGGACGGGACACAAACGGCGGCAGAGACGGAGCAAGGACGCAGGUGCGCCUCUGCCCGUGGCCAUGGCGCAGGAGCAACCCGGACCCGCUUUCGGGCUCAACAGCAGUGACUUUGAGGAGGAGGACUACACGGUGCCGGAUUUCCCCGAUGGCACGCCCUUCCCGCCGGUGAACACGCGCCCCAGACGGAAGCAGGUGAGGAACCCUUUCUACCCGGUCACCUCGCGCUCCUACGGCGCGUACGCGGUGGUGAUGACCGCCGCGGUGAUCUUCAGCGUGGGCAUCAUCGGGAACGUGUCGGUCAUGUGCAUCGUGUGUCAUAACUACUACAUGAGGAGCAUCUCCAACUCGCUGCUGGCCAACCUCGCGCUCUGGGAUUUCGUCAUCGUCUUCUUCUGCAUGCCGCUCGUGGUGUUUCACGAGCUCACCAAGAACUGGCUGCUGGGAGAGUUCUCGUGCAGGAUCAUCCCGUACCUGGAGGUGGCGUCUCUCGGGGUCACCACUUUCACGCUGUGCGCUCUGUGCAUCGACCGUUUCCGCGCCGCCACCAACGUUCAGAUGUACUACGAGAUGAUCGAGAACUGGGCGUCCACCUCAGCCAAGCUGGCCGUGAUCUGGGUGGGCGCUCUGCUGCUGGCGCUGCCCGAGCUGCUGAUCCGACAGCUGGUCACCGAGGACGGCGACCCGCCCGACGUGACGCCCUGCGAGCGCUGCGUGAUCCGCAUCUCCACCGAUCUGCCGGACACGCUGUACGUCCUGGGGCUCACCUACGACGGCGCUCGCCUCUGGUGGUACUUCGGCUGCUACUUCUGCCUCCCGACGCUGUUCACCAUCUGUUGCUCGCUGGUCACCGCUCGCAAGAUCCGCCGCGCCGAGCGCACCUGCGUCCGCAGCAGCAAGAAGCAGAUCCAGCUGGAGAGCCAGAUGAACUGUGCCGUGGUGGCGUUGGCCAUCCUCUACGGCUUCUGCCUCAUCCCCGAGAACAUCUGCAACAUCAUCAACACUUACAUGGCGGCCGGCCUCCCUCAGAGAACCCUGGACAUCCUGCAGCUGGUCAGUCAGCUGCUGCUCUUCUGUAAGUCAGCGGUGACGCCGGUGCUGCUGUUCAGUCUGUGCCAACCCUUCACCAGAGCCUUCCUGGACUGCUGCUGCUGCUGCUGUGAUGAGUGCGGCCCGCCUCGCUCCUCCACCGCCGCCGCCGCCACCACCAGCGACGCCGACAUCGAGUGCACCACCACCGAGCUGGAGCUGUCGCCGUUCAGCACCAUCCGCAGGGAGCCGUCCACCUCCACCACCUACGCCACCGUGGGGACACACUGCUGA